AUGGAAAAAUUAUUUAUUAUAUGUUUGAUAUCUAUAAAUAUAUUAAUAAUAUCAAAUAAUUUGUAUGAUGACGGAAGUGUGUAUCAGGUUGAGCAUGAAACAAUAAAUGAAACGCGUGAUUAUAAAAUAUUUGACAUUUGGGCAUAUUCAUGGACUGUUGUAAUUGAAAUAUCGGUUCGUAAUACUGACAGUGAUUUUGAACCCCUUGAUGGUGAAUUUCAAUAUCAUUACUGCACUGGGUCAUUAUUAAAACCGUAUUUAGUUCUAACAAGUGCUGCUUGUAUACAUGACGUAAUAUCACAUUAUAAUGAAUUUGGAAUUUCUGUUCUCGGUGAUUACAACAGAUCUGAAAAAGUUAUAUACAUAACUAAAUCACCGUCAUUAAAUCAAAACGAAAAGAGAGUCGGUAACGAAUCGGGUAAGGUUAAAGAAGCUAUUAAUAAACGCAAGUCAUUUAAAAUGCGUUAUAUAUAUUAUUACAAUUUUGCUGAAAAAUAUAACAGCUCUGAGCCAGAUAUCGCAUUGAUUGGGCUAAAAAAGUCAAUAUUGUUCGGUAACAACGAAAAAAUUACCAUACCUAUAGCGAGUAAGUGCCAUCAUAUAAAUUAUGAUAAAUGUCUGAUAACAAGAAUAACGGAGAGUAAACGUGAAAAUUCUUCUUAUACAUGUUCGGUUAAAUUUACAUAUGAGACAGUUUUCGAUGAAUUGAGUCAACAAAGUCGCAACAUAAGUCACGGAAAAUUAAAUUGCCAUCCUAAAGAUUUAGCUGAACACAACAAAUUUUGUUUGGAGAAUACUUGUGGAGGAAAUCCAAUAGUAUGUCAAAUAAAUGGAGUAAAACCAGCCAAAUAUGUCCAAGUUGGUCAUUUAAAAGCCAAAAAUAAUAGAAAAAACAUGGAUUAUAUUUAUAUACCCGAUGUAAUAGACUUAUAAUAUAUAUAUAUAUGUAUAUUAUAUAUACGACAUAUAAUAUGAUGUUUAGUUUUAUUUAAAAAAAUUUUUUAAAACCGUCGACAGGAUUCGAUCCGCGUACCUCGGGUUUGUCUUAAAAUCAAUUAACUCUUCAUAUUUCUUAUAUUUAUUCUCGCAAAAUAUCUAGAUAUGAUAAUUUUAAUUAUAUGAAUUGUCUUGUAUAUAAAUAUCAGUUAUUGUUUAAUUGUAAAUUAAAAUGGCGGUUUAAAAAAUUAUUUGCGCGGUUAUUUAAAAAUUCAAAAAAGCGCGCGAAAUAAAAAUGUA